UUCUCCUUAUCUGCAUCUUCUUUUCUUUGAUUUUAGCGCCUACUCUGCGUGGCUUUUAAUCUUAUAAUCGAUUCAUACUAAUUUAGCUUCACCUUGAAGUACCAAAUUCGGAGUUGUAAAUGAACACUCAGAAGAUUGGUUGCCAAGAACAUGUAGAACAGAACCUUGGGUUCAUUAGGGACUACAGUUUUGAUCAUGUUGGUUUCCAACAGCCUUGGAUCACGGGAUCACAGCAGCCGAAUCUUGGAGCUUCUAAGUCGUUGUCGUCGUCAUCGACGAAUACGAUCAUGGGUGGUUUUCAGACGCCCGGUGCUGCCUUUUAUGCAACUGAAAGAUGUAUGGGGUUUCCCCAGUACGGGUCGUCUCAAGGAGGAGAUGCUUUCUGCUCUCAAUACAACAACAAGAUCUGUAGCAAUUCACAGUUUCCUUCGUUUCAUGGCUUGGACGAGAACUUUUCGAUCCAAUCGAUUGCUCGAGGUGAACCGGACUAUGAACCCAGAAACACGUUGCAGUCACUGGUGAAAUCCCAGAUUUUUUCAUGCACCAACAUACAAACGAGCCAGGUUCGGUCACAUGAUCCAUGUAACUUGCUUGGAAAUAAUGCUGCCACCGUGGUGAAUCACUUUUCGGUUCCUUUCCGAGGAAAUCAGGAGCAGAGAGUUUACUGUAAUUCACAUGGUUCUUCGCCUGCAAAGCUAGGCUUCUUUCAACAAGAGAAGCAAUCUUCAAACUAUUCAUCUGGUUACAGUAACGCCGCUACGAGCGGCUCGGUGAUCGCUAGUAAAACUCGAAUAAGGUGGACGCAGGACCUCCAUGACAAGUUCGUGGAGUGCGUUAAACGCCUCGGGGGUGCCGAGAAAGCAACACCCAAGGCAAUUCUGAAACUGAUGGAUACUGAAGGAUUGACCAUCUUUCAUGUUAAAAGCCAUCUGCAGAAAUAUCGAAUAGCGAAAUACAUGCCAGACUCUGCUGAAGUUGCAGGGAAAUCGGAGAAAAGAACGAGUACAAGAGACGUAACUCAGAUCAACGACAAAACCAGUGGCUUGCACCUCACAGAGGCAUUGAAACUUCAGUUAGAUGUGCAGAGGCGUCUUCAUGAACAAUUAGAGAUUCAGCGAAAUCUGCAGUUGCGGAUCGAAGAACAAGGAAGGGAGCUUAAGAUGAUGAUUGAUCAGCAACAAAAAACAAGCGAAAGCCUCUUGAAAAAACAAGAUUCCAACAUCACAGCAUUCGAUCACGAUCCAUCGUUUUGCUUCGAAGAUGUCGAAGCCUUGAUUGCUGAAAGUUCAGGAACUUCUCACCAUCCAUCCAAGAUAAGUUAGAGCUUAGCAAGUUCAUGUC